UGCAGUAACGAGUGGUACUGACAUCUCCGCACUCCGUGCGGUCGAUAAAAGUUAUCUUCUUGCCUUUGGGAAUUUGGUUUUCACCGGAUGCCUUGCAGUUGUUACUGUAAUCUACUGAUAGUUGAAAGAUGGCGUGUACACUAUCUGUUAUCCUGUUCGUGAUUAUUGUGCUGCAGUUAAAGAUUAUGUGGAUAUCAGCUCAAUCAGCCGGCAUCACAGAUUCGAAUACUGGCAAACUGAAUUUUGCAGCCAAAACAGAAUCUAGUCAAGUGCAAUAUUUUGUAACAACGGAUGUUCGCCUUCUCAUUUACCAGACGGAUACUGCGAGGAAUUCGCAAAUUGAAAAGAUUCGUAACAUAUGGUGCCAGCUUUUGACGGCCAAAAAUGAUUGUUCAUCCGUUCAAUUUUUCUCGUGGAAAGCUUCUAAAGAACCACCAAAAUCAGGAACAUCUAUAAAGGAAAUUGCACACUUUGUCAUUGCCAGUCCUAAAUUCAAACCGGAAGUCAUUGACGACGCAAUUAGGAGCAAAUUCGACCAGUUACUACUAAAAAACAGCUACUGGGGUAUUAGCGCUGUCACCAAAGGUCGCAACGCUAUUACGGAUACCAUGCAGACAAAGGGCACCGGCAGUGACCCUUUCGCUUUAAUGGAUUCAGUGUGGAUGACCUACUCGAACGACGACACCAAAACCCAGUUACUGGUCCAAUUGAAAAGCUUAUGGCAAAAGACGCUGGGCAAAGGUGUAUCUCGUCUCGAACUGCACCUGGUGCAGAUCAUUCCCAAAUCAACACAAGAAUUCGGUGCUGAACCGGUCAAGGUGAUGUAUCUUCUGUUUGGCGACAGUACCGGGCAUGUGGACGUGGACCAGGUCAAGCUGAAAAUCCGUCAACUGAUUUCCGCUGCACGCAUGCCGGCACUUCUCGGCACACCUUUUCAAUGGUCAUCCGAUUUGAAGGCGUUGACCGUGGCGGAUGUUGCGCCGAAUCCCGAUGGCGUGUUGACGGUUACACACAGUAACAUAAUUGCCUAUGCUAACAAUGACGAGCGUGAUCAAGGCAUGGAACUAAUUCGAAAAUUAUGGGCUUUUAUAUUAAAUGUUCCUUUAACGACAAUGGAGCUUUCGUUGAACUCUACCACAAAAAUUCGUUCGGUGGGUCCACUGAUUGAUGAUCGACAAAUUAACAACUGUACUUUCAUCAUCCAGUGCAGCACAAAAUAUCUGAAUGCCGAUGUCAUCGAAGCCACACAAAAGUUUCAGCGAUUGUUGGACUUGACAAGCAUACCGUUUAUGGUGGACACUCCUGUGCCUGUGGUCAACAUGACGGCACUUUUCGGUUAUGUAGCGGUUACUCAGGAUUUAUUCUGGAUGCCAGCUAAUGUCUUCGUACUGCAAAACAGCACGAACAGCACCACGAGCAUUAAAGAUCUUUUGAAUACCAAUGUGCAUCUAAUUCAUGAUAAAGUGCGAGUGUAUAAUGCGACGGUGGAAACUAGCUCAUUGUUUUUACGGCCGUUGCACGAUUUAUGGAAGGAAGUACUAGGAGACGAUGCAGUGGAAGUUCAAAUUGCCCUUUCCAAUCGGGAAACAACCAGUGAAAAUAUUAUUAAUGUUUCGUACACGGUGGUGUUCGUAAGCGAACUCUCUUCGUGGGAUAUCGAAGCCGCCAAGAGCCGGUUCCGGCAACUGGCCACCAGCAGUGCCGAUUCGCUGUAUGUAAAACUGGAACCAGAAACCAGUCAACUGCCAACAGCCAUACUGGAAUACACACGCAGCAAUACAAAAAUUUUCGUUAUUUUCGAUACGGUCAAUCUAGCAUACCAGACUGAUAAGGUCCCCGAUUUGGCUAUUAAAGCUUUACAGCAAGCAUGGACCAGUAUCAUUGGGCCGAAAGCGUGGAAUAUUCGGUUCUGGGUGUACCAUGCCGGGUCGGAACAGACAUUCUCCUUAGCCGGUGACCAAGGCAUGCCGAUAACAAAAUUAUAUUUCCGAGUGGGAUUUUACUGCAACAACAGCGAGUGGAAUACGACGGCGUUAAAGGUCAAAUUUCGUGAACUGGUACCGUUGAUUCGUAACUCUUCGCUGCUGCUGUCGGUCACCGAUAUUGAUGUGGUCCCGCAAACUACAACACCGGCAACUACAACAACUACCACUGCGCCAUCUAGUACGGAUUCGAGUGUAUCAACAAUAACACCGAGCGGAGCAGUAUUUUCUGACACUAUCAUUUUUUCUUAUCCAAAUGAAACGCAACGAAACCAAAUACUAUCACAACUUCGGAAGCUAUGGGCGGAUGUGUUAGGACAAGACGUAUUUGAUGUAAGGAUAAGCGUAACCAACGACAAUGUUAUACCCACCAAUCAGUCAGCCAACACCACAAACCACGAUGAUGAUCCACAUGAAAUAUCGUAUUCCGUAAUUCCAUCGUCUAAUCAGAAGAUAGAUGUUAGCGCGGCAAAAGCCAAAUUCCAAGGGCUUGUACAGAAUUCCACUAUUUUCAAGCAACGGAACAACAACCUUGACUUCCCAGACGAUACGCGGCCGCAAGUGGACGUCGAUAACAGCUGCAAACAGCAGUGGUCAGUAUAUGGCGACGACAAAGAAAAGGUCAUCCAUUCCUAUGUCACCAUUGGAGAGAUCGUGACUAAUCAAAGUUCACACAUUCUACCACUUUUGAAGAAUUUUACUCUGAAUUUUGACUGGGCAAUACAAGCGUAUCUGACCAUUCUGAAUGAAGAAUCCAUUGUGCCGAACGGUACUUUCAACUCUUCCAUCCGCUACGCCGUAACUGUGCUAACCUCCAACAGUUCCCUGGAGUCAGGGGACAUUUAUCAGGCUGUCAAAAAGCGGAUUAACGACACAAUCGGAUCGGGUACGGACAGUCCCGAGUUCCGCAACAUUAACUGCUCCGACCAAUCGAAAGACUCCUCUUUGAUUGUUAUUGUCGAUUCGGUUCAGAUUAUAGGCAAUAAUAAUCAGGCACGAAGUCUGAUUAUGCGUGACCUUUUCAACCUUUGGAAAAACGCAUCACGAGAUGCUGGGAACGUAAAUUCGACUGUGGAUCCAAAUAUUUUCAAAUCAACCUUGGCCCCGCUUCUGUCCGUAGCAAACAAUCAAACAGUAUAUGAUAUACGCUAUAUGCUUCGAAUAACAAAACCGGUCGGAGUGAAUUUUACAUCCAAAAGCAUCCAGCAGAAAUUUGCGGCAAUCUUUGCUAGAUACUUUAACAACACGGACGUUGUCUAUCGGGAUGCAAUAGCGUUUAAACAACUCAACAGAACGAGUGCGCCAGCCACCACGCUUACGACAGCGCCUGUUUCAACAUUUACCGAUUCCAUUAUACUGCAGUAUUCGACAACUGCAGAACGGGAUUUAGCUUUCCAGGAACUGGGAAAAUUGUGGGCGAUCAGUUUAGGUAUCCGACUGGACGCUGUUCGGCUUUUUCUUUUGGACAUCACACUUUUAUCAACUACUUCUUCCCAAAAAAAUUACGACAUUUUGUAUGCCGUUGUUUAUUAUCCGGAAAAGUCCAUCAGCAUUAAUAUAACGGCGGCCAACAUAACGCUUCAUAGUUAUCUCAGCAAUGCGUACAAUGUCUUCAUUACCGAUCAGCUGGAUAAAGGUCAAGGCGCACCAGCGGUUGCUAAUGCCACCAUCCAGUUUUCGGCUAGCUACUUUGCUAACGGAGUGACUUUUCCGGAAGUCGCUGUUUUUAAUGCACUGGCUGCUCGCCCUAAGGAUGAAGAUCACUCAGUGAAACCGUAUAUAAUUCAGGAUACGCUGCGGUUGUAUUACGAAAACCUUACCGUGCGAGAUGGUGCAAUUGUGGCUUUCCAAGCAGCGUGGUCGGGAUUGCUAGGAUCGGAUGCUAUGUUCAUCCAGCUGGCUGCUUACGCCGAAUUCCCUCCAUACAUUAAUGAUUUGGAAUCCGGAAGUAAAACGCACCAGUUAUACUACGUGGUAGUAAUUUUAUCAAGAAACCACCACAUCGAUUUUUCGGCGAAGCAGGAACAAUUUCGGCAGUUCGUCAUGGAUGGCAAUGUGCCAUACGUAGUAAAUUUCGAUGAAAUCUACCCGACACCGGAAGUGGAACCGUUGAACAUAUUCACCGUGGUCGAAGCGAGCAACUCUACCUCGUUCGUCAAUAUUACAUCCUCUAGCGACGUAGAAAAUGCUGUCAGCACCCUUUAUAAAAUUGCUAUUGGAAGUGACGCGCGGGUGGUCCAUGCAUGGAAUCACGACGAAGCGGUAACGGAUCCCACAAACAACGUUACCGUUGUAACCCGGUAUCAACUUGUGUUAGUUGUCACCAACAAUACAUUACUGGCACCGAUCGCCGUGGAGCAGAAAUUCCGGGAUUUGUUACUGAUGACUAGUGUUUCCGCUAUUCAGUCAGGACCAUCGACGAAACUUUUACUAAAAUCUCUUAUGGAUAACGAUACCAAUCUAAUGGAUGAUGCAGUUCUUGUGGGAUUUCGAGACUCGGUGCGACUAGACAGCGCAGUGCAGACUGAUCAGAACGAAACCGCUUCCACUCUGCGACAAGCAUGGGCUCGGGCUUUAGAUUCACGAGUGUCUAACAUUACCGUUACAUUGGACACAAUACUACCGGAAACGUAUGCACUGGAUGCCGGGCCAUCUUCCUACACAUUACAGUACACUGUGCUGGGGCUUUUGGAUAAAUCAGUAUUAAAUAUUAAUGGUGCUAAAACACAGGUUUAUGGUGAUUUGCAUCUGAACGUUAGCCCGGCAAAUUAUCCCAUUACCACCACAAGCACAUCCACCCAGCUACCUAUCCUUCUACCGUAAUUACAGUAGACAAAGUUACAGUAACAUUAAGCUGACUUGUUGUUCCUAUAAUCCUUUGUUGUAAAUUAUUUCAUGAAGACGGUUAUCUGUUAUAUUGUCAAACGAUCUUUACAAAACCUGUAUAAUAAGCACACUGUUUUUCCUCCAGUUCGCUUCCGGUGUAGGUACAUAAAACCGUAAAAAUUAUAAAACUACGGUGUUGAAUUGCUAUAAUUUUGUCGGUAACGACUUUAGUAGCCUGUGCAUUACACUUAUGCAAUAAUUUAUUUUGUUACUGUAUGAUAGAUUUCCGGCGUCUUAAGCUUGCUGUAAUAGGUUAUUAAAGAAUUUAUUACCCAGGUGAUCUUUGAUACUUAUACACUUGUAUCAUAUGCUGAACUUAUGCGAAAUUGUAUGGAAGUUAACAAAUAGGAAGAACAGUGACAAGCAAGGCUGCAUAACUGCUUUACUUCUUUUUGUCAUCCUUUUUGUCGUCUUUCUUCUCAUCUUUCUUUUCUCCCUUUUUCUCAUCUUUUUUAUCCGCAUCCUUCUUAUCAGCAGGUUUCUUGUCCUCUUUUUUCUCCUCGGGUUUCGUUCCUGCCGUUUCGUUAGAUUUGACGGCUGCGGGAUUUUGUGCACCGGCUGUGUUCUUCAGCUGGGCAUCCGCUCCGCUAUUUAAGGUCACUUUGGCAGCCGCCAGGUUUUCCUUUGAUACCGGCGCAUCGCCGGGUUUGCCCGCCGGUGUUAUUCCUAAAUUGGUCGAUGAAGGGCUUUUCGUCACCGGUUCGGUCUUCAGUUUGCUAUCGGCCAUUGUACACGGCAAUUGUACUUUCUUUUACAGAUAAGAACGGUGUGUGCGACUAUGAGU